AUGCCUGGUUUGGGUGCAAUGGGCAGGACUAGUCUGAUCAUGCCCCAAGUACAAUCUGGUUGGUCUGUACCCUCUUUUUGUACCCAUACUCCUGCUCCUGUGGCUGCACUGCCUCAUGUAUAUUCUCCCAUGUCCUUUGAUUACAUGUCUUAUCACAAACUAUUUGAUAUGGUUGCACAAAAUAUGAUGGUUUUAAAAAAGGAGUUCUCUCAAUUGCAAGGGGCUUAUGAAAGCCAACAUGACCAAAUUGCAUUAUUGAGAGGAGAACUAGAAGAGCAUUGGGAACAUGCCAAGAAAUGGCACCAAUUUUAUUCAAAUCAAAUUCAAGGAGCUGCUGCUUCCAUUCAAGCUGUGCAAGACCAGCUAGUCCACAAUUCCACCCUUUGCCCUACUGCUCUUGUUCCUCCCCCACCUGCUCCCACUUCUUCCAAUAUUUCCCCAUCUUUGUCUCCUUCUGAUCUCAAAUUUGCCAAACCAAAUAAAUUUGGGGUGAACCACUCCCACAAAGAAAAGGUACUGUGGGUAACUUCAUACUUUGAGGGUGCAGCAGAAGACUGGGUUGGACCCUACAAGGAAAGGAAGGUAUUCAGGGGAGAAGCAGUCCCCCUUUUGGAAGACAUUGAUGUGUUCUGGGCCAAGUUCACCAAACAUUAUGUGGACACCAAUUGCAAUGAGAAGUACUGCCAAAAAUGGAACAACCUGCAACAAAAAUCUUCUGUCCAGGAAUAUACUCAAGAGUUCCAACAGUAUUCCAUUUCUUUGGGUUACAGCAAUGAGACUGUUGUAACCACACUGUAA